UGUACGUCAGAGGUAUGUGUACGUGUAGAUCUAGCAGAUUUGAGGAUGGCAGCUCAAGUGAAGGCUAGCAGGUCAAGGCACAGGGACGCCUUGCAGGGUAUUAUACUGACUGCAGUAUACCUCAAGCACAAUGAUCCCAUUCACAAAGCAGUGGAGGUCAUUAGAGACCAGAGGCUGGAUGGAAGGAAACCUUCUAAGGAAGGCCAGAAGGGUGGACUGCAACUUUUGGAUUUCUUACCCCAGAAAGAUGCACAAGUUGACUCGGACUACAGGUCCCAUUCACCCCUCAUGCUAGCCUGUGAGUGCGAACUUCAAGAUGGUGUAGACACCCACCAAAAAGGAGACGUAGACAGAGUCAGAUUGCUGCUGGACCUAGGAGCAUCUGCUGCUUUCAAGAACAAGGAAGGGCUGAAUGCUCUCCACAUUGCUUGCAAAACUGGGAACCUGGAGAUCUGUCAACUCUUGCUCAAGAAAGCAAAAGAUCAAAAUCACUUUGGGGAAAAGAAAACCUUCACCUCCGAUUUGUCUAUUUUGGUCAAUGCCAAAGAAAAGAGAGGCUGGACUCCAUUGAUGUAUGCUGUUCAGAAAGACCAACUGGAAAUUGUUACCGAGCUGGUAGACACUGACGUUCUAGAGUUCUCGAAGACAAACAAGAAAGGGGCUACAUUCCUCCACCUUGCUUGUCGUAACGGCAGUGUCAACACUCUGCAGUACAUUAUCACACACCCUCACUUAGUAUCCAAGAAUAUGUUCACAGCAACUGAUAAGAAAGGCUGGAACAUUCUUCACUAUGCCUGCUGUUCUGACUUUGAACAGGACGGUCAGAGUUAUGUUCAGUGGCUCUUAGAGACAAUUCCUGAUGAGAUUCUCAGUGACGCUGACAAAUCAAACCUCCUGUCACAAAAGAAUGAUGCUGGCUACUCCCCUCUGCUGACAGCGUGUGAAUAUCAGAAGGUUGCUGCGGUAAAGUAUCUGGCUGGGCGGUCAGAUGUGGAUGUGUCAGACUACGUUAAGGAGGAUGAGGGAGGGGUAACUGGAGAGAAGAGUGCUCUCCAUCUUGCAGCUAUUCAUGACUCAGCAGAUAUUGCCGGAAUCCUCCAAAAGGAGGGAUGCAAGAUUGAUCGAAUUGAUUCACGGGGUAACACGGUUCUACAUGUAGCGAAAAGAAAAUCUAGUGAGCAAGUGGAGAGAGUCAUUCUUGAAACUACAGCCGGUCAGAAGCUUCUAGAAGAAAAAAAUCUGAGUGACCAGCUGCCCGGGGAUGUGAAGCCCCAAGACAUUAUUCCUCCCGAGAUUGUGAAACGUGGACCCAUUUUUGUUGAGCGUUACAUGCGAGCUCUAAGACAAGGGAAGGAGAAAAUUCCUCGAUGUGGUCUACUGUUUCUUGGGCAAGAACGCAAAGGCAAGACAAGUCUCUAUAAACUGAUUGUUGGGAAACAAUUUGAUCCGGAACAAGAUUCGACUCGUGGAAUUGACAAUAAUGAAGUGGAUACAGUCGAUUCUCGAGCAGUCACAAUGAACUGGUCUGAAAAGAGUGCGGUAGACCAGCAAAGAGAGAGGGAUGAUUCUCAUGCGUUUGCUGUGCUAAGAGAACUCCCAGAUGAUGAGCAGCAUGAUCGAUCAUUCAAAUUUCAACAAAAGACUGAAGAGGAGCUCCUUAGCAGCAUUGAGGGUAUCAACCGUGAUAUGAAGGCUCACUAUAAACGAAAACCCAGGCUACAAGACCUUAUAAAAAAAAUCUUAUCUGGCGAUGGCGAUGAUUUCUUCAAUUAUAGUGAUGAUGACUCUCUUGAUGAGAUGCCAUCAGAUCCGAUAAUUCCAAAAUCGCCUGCUACAAAACCUGCUCCGUCUGUUUCAACAACAGUUGAACCCAAGAAAAAUGAGGUUUUUUCCAAACCUUCACCCAAGCCACGAGAGCCCAAAGUUCCCUCACCCCGUCAUCCAAAAAAAGCUGUGUCAGAUCCACUACCUGAACCUUCUGAGGUUGAACCCCCUGCUCCCACACCGUUGGAGCUAAUUGUCAGCAUACCGGUAAGUACACGUACAGAAGCUAAAAAUGUCAAUAAGGUCUUGAAAGAAGGAAAGAAGGAUCGAAAAGAGCCUUCUCUUCUACUGAAUGUGCUGGAUUUUGCUGGACAGAAGAAUUAUCGACCGAUGCAUCACUGCUUCAUUAGGAGACGAUCCAUGUACAUUGUGGUGUUCAAUUUGCAAGAUAUGUGCAAAUACAUUCAGCAAGCUGACUCAUGCCAGUCACCACCAAGUCCUGUUGAAGAGAUACGAUAUUGGCUUCACUCCAUUCAUGCACACAUCUACCCACCUGAAUCAAAAGAAAGAGGAAUAGAUGAACGCCAACGGAGAGUUGUGCUCGUAGGUACUCACCAAAAUCCUGGACAGGAUGGUCGAGAAGUUACCGAAGAAGAUUUCCGGCAGAUUGACAAGUUGUUAGCUGAAGAAAUAGUAGCCGAUGUUCGAUGUGUCGAUCACCUCUGCAAAGUUUCUGGACGAUGGUUUAUUCCAGUCGAAAACUCACUCAAAGAUCCAAGCAAGAGCGGAGCAAGAAUGCUUCAAAACACUCUUCAUGACAUAAAGAAUGGGUUGCAGUUUCUAGAAGAAUCUUACCCACUACCCUGGCUACGGUUCGAAGGCAGAUUGAUUGAAAUGAAGAAGACACCCAAUCAAAAGAAAUGUCUUCCAGAGAAAGAAGUUGUUGAAAUUGCCGAGAGUAAGGGUGUCUCAAAUCCUGGCGAUGCCCUAGAGUUUUUUCAUGACAUUGGCGAGAUAAUUCUUUUGCGUAGAGUGUCUAAGCUUUUUGUUACUGAGGAAGAGUCAAAAAGUAUCUCGGAUUUAGUGGUCAUUGAUCCAAAAUGGCUAAUUGGAAUCAUGCAAAUCAUCAUGGAGCUACCAGAAAAUUGCGGGCUUAUUACAGGGAGGGAGCAGGAAAUGCUAAGACGGCAUGGUGAAAUUUCUCUUAAUGUGCUCGAGCAGUUAUGGGGUGAUUCAAAGCAUGAUAUUCUCAAAUCGAGUGCAGUCAAAGCUGAAAAACUUGCAGUGGUUUUACAAGCAUACUGUUUGAUUCACUCAGCUGCCAGUUCUGAUUCGGUGGAUUCUAGUGGCAAGUUGUUCAUCAUCCCUUCGAUGCUCCCCCACAUUACAGACGCCGAAAAGGAAAAGAUAGCUCCGAGUCACCUUCCUUGGAUUGUAUUUUAUUUCGACUUCCAAAGGUUUCUUCCUGAGGAAGUAUAUCACCGUUUGGUUUGCAUGCUGAUGGCGGAAGCACAAAGGGCGGGGAGUCGCAGACAGUUUCAUUCCCUGUGUUUGUUUGACAGGGUUCACAAUUGUAAAAUGGUGGUUGAGCUGGAAGCUCUUCUACACAGGAUAAAAAUAUCUGUGAUUGUGUCUGGAGGAAAGUUGGAGCCUUCGGAGUGUAUCAAGCUGGUGCAUGACAAAUACCUCAAGAGGAUUUGCCAAGAGAGUGGUCUUCAAGGCUUGAAAUAUUACGGGGGUCCAAUGCUGCCAUGUUGCUGUUCUCAACCGUCAGUCUUCACAUAUGUCACAUUUGACAUUGGCAAAAGUAGUGACCUGACUAUUGAAUGCCUUCAGUGUUUGAAGCAGUGCGAGGAGAAUGAAAUGGAUGAUGAAAUGAAAAGCCUAGCUACUCAAGAAACACAGUCAGAUGACCAACUAAAGACGAGUGGUCCACAACAAACCUCUGCAUCCAAACCUGAUGCAACCAAACCAGGUAGUGCUGACAGUGCAACGAUAAAUGUGACAGCACCCCUACCGACCACACCCUCCUCACACAGCUCUCUUUCAGGAGCUGGUGGACAACAGACAGUGACCAUUGAGGAAUUGAAGAAGCAUACGAAAGUAACUGACUCUCAACUUGGUACUAAAAUUGAAGAUAAGUGUAUGUAUUCCAUUUCGGAAUACUUUGAGAAUGUAGAUGACUAUGUGGUGCUACUGAAACUAAAGACUUGUGACGAAACAGAUGUUAAAGACUUGGCAAAACUUAAGAGCACAAAGAAUGCCAUGUUCAAAGCCUUGAAACAUUGGAGGGAUCCCAACCCCUACACUGCCACUUACGGAGACCUGGUGGAAAUAUUGUUAGAGGCCAAUAAAGGUCAUGUUGCUGAUAAGAUUUGUGAGUUCUGUGCUCGAUUAUAGACCAAUGUAAAAGUACAUGUAGUUUACUCAGACAGUUAUUAUUUUUAGCGUUAAUACAAAAAAUGUAGAUGUAUGCAGUACAGUACUAUUAUUAUUUUCAAUAUACAUUGUGUUUAGGAUCACUAUUAUAAUAAUUAUAGUUGUAUGUUUUUUCUUUUACAUGCGUAUAAUUAUAAUGAUAAUCGCAUGUUGUCCUAUUAUUCACUGUGA